UUAAAACAUUAGAUGACAUGACAAGUGAUGUUCAGUUAUCAACGUUGGAUGAAGUAACAACUGUAGGGGCUACAACUGGUGUGUCUACUGAAGGUAUCACUACAACUGAACAAGAAACUACAAUAAUACAUGAAACUACAGUAGAUGACAUAACAACUGAUGUUCAGUUAUCAACGUUGAUUGAUGUAAUUACUGUGCCAUCUACAAAGAGUAUAUCUACUGAAGGUACCACUACAACUAAAAAGCAUGCAACAACAAUACGUGAAACAACAUUAGAUGACGCAACAACUGAUGCUCAAUUAUCAACGUUGGUUGAUAUAAUAACUGUGGGGUUCACAGCUACAGAAGGUAUCUCCACAGCUGAACAACAAACAACAAAAAUACAUGAAACAACAUUAGAUGACAUAACAAGUGAUGUUCAGUUAUCAACGUUGGAUGAAAUAACAACUGUAGGGGCUACAACUGGUAUGGCUACUGAAGGUAUCACUACAACUGAACAAGAAACUACAAUAAUACCUGAAACUACAGAAAAUGACAUAACAACUGAUGUUCAGUUAUCAACGUUGAUUGAUGUAAUUACUGUGCCAUCUACAAAGAGUAUAUCUACUGAAGGUGUCACUACAACUGAAAAGCAUGCAACAACAAUACGUGGAACAACAUUAGAUGACGCAACAACUGAUGCUCAAUUAUCAACGUUGGUUGACAUAAUAACUGUAGAGUUCACAGGUACGGAAGGUAUCUCCACAGUUGAACAACAAACAACAAAAAUACAUGAAACAACAUUAGGUGACAUAACAACUGAUGUUCAAUUAUCAACGUUGGAUGAAUUAACAACUGUAAGGGCUACAACUAGUGUGUCGACUGAAGGUAUUACUACAACUGAACAAAAAACUACAAUAAUACCUGGAACUACAGUAGAUGACAUAACAACUGAUGUUCAUUUAUCAACGUUGAUUGAUGUAAUUACUGUGCCAUCUACAAAGAGUAUAUCUACUGAAGGUGUCACUACAACUAAAAAGCAUGCAACAACAAUACGUGAAACAACAUUAGAUGACGCAACAACUGAUGCUCAAUUAUCAACGUUGGUUGACAUAAUAACUGUAAGGUCUACAACUACUGAAGGUAUCUCCACAGCUGAACAACAAGCAUCAACAUUACUUAAAACAACAUUAGAUGACAUAACAAGUGAUGUUCAGUUAUCAACGUUGGAUGAAGUAACAACUGUAGGGGCUACAACUGGUAUGUUGACUGGAGGUAUCACUACAACUGAACAAGAAACUACAAUAAUAUCUGAAACUACAGUAAAUGACAUAACAACUGAUGUUCAGUUAUCAACGUUGAUUGAUGUAAUUACUGUGCCAUCUACAACUGGUAUAUCUACUGAAGGUACCACUAGAACUAAAAACCAUGCAACAACAAUACGUGAAACAACAUUAGAUGACGCACCAACAGAUGCUCAAUUAUCCACGUUGGUUGACAUAAUUACUGUAAGGUCUACAACUACUGAAGGUAUCUCCACAGCUAAACAACAAGCAACAACAAUACGUGAAACAACAUUAGAUGACAUAACAAGUGAUGUUCAGUUAUCAACGUUGGAUGAAGUAACAACUGUAGGGGCUACAACUGGUAUGUCUACUGAAGGUAUGACUACAACUGAACCAGAAACUACAAUAAUACCUAAAACUACAAUAAAUGGCAUAACAACUGAUGUUCAUUUAUCAACGUUGAUUGAUGUAAUAACUGUGCCAUCUACAAAGAGUAUAUCUACUGAAGGUACCACUAGAACUAAAAAGCAUGCAACAACAAUACGUGAAACAACAUUAGAUGACGCAACAACUGAUGCUCAAUUAUCAACGUUGGUUGACAUAAUAACUGUAAGGUCUACAACUACUGAAGGUAUCUCCACAACUAAACAACAAACAACAACAAUACGUGAAACAACAUUAGAUAGCAUAACAAGUGAUGUUCAGUUAUCAACGUUGGAUGAAGUAACAACUGUAGGGGCUACAACUGGUAUGUCUACUGAAGGUAUCACUACAACUGAACCAGAAACUACAAUAAUACCUAAAACUACAGUAAAUGGCAUAACAACUGAUGUUCAUUUAUCAACGUUGAUUGAUGAAAUUACUGUGCCAUCUGCAAAGAGUAUAUCUACUGAAGGUGUCACUACAACUGAAAAGCAUGCAACAACAAUACGUGGAACAACAUUAGACGACGCAACAACUGAUGCUCAAUUAUCAACGUUGGUUGACAUAAUAACUGUAAAGUCUACAAAUACUGACGGUAUCUCCACAGCUAAACAACAAGCAACAACGUUACUUAAAACAACAUUAGAUGACAUAACAAGUGAUGUUCAGUUAUCAACGUUGGAUGAAGUAACAACUGUAGGGGCUACAACUGGUAUGUCUACUGAAGGUAUCACUACAACUGAACAAGAAACUACAACAAUACCUGAAACUACAGUAGAUGACAUAACAACUGAUGUUCAGAUAUCAACGUUGAUUGAUGUAAUUACUGUGCCAUCUACAAAGAGUAUAUCUACUGAAGGUGUCACUACAACUGAAAAGCAUGCAACAACAAUACGUGGAACAACAUUAGACGACGCAACAACUGAUGCUCAAUUAUCAACGUUGGUUGAUAUAAUAACUGUAGGGUUCACAUCUACAGAAGGUAUCUCCACAGCUGAACAACAAACAACAAAACUACAUGAAACAACAUUAAGUGACAUAACAACUGAUGUUCAGUUAUCAACGUUGGAUGAAGUAACAACUUUAGGGGCUACAACUGGUAUGUCUACAGAAGGUAUCACUACAACUGAACAAGAAACUACAAUAAUACAUGAAACUACAAUAGAUGACAUAACAACUGAUGUUCAGUUAUCAACGUUGGAUGAAUUAACAACUCUAUGGGCUACAACUAGUAUGUCGACUGAAGGUAUCACUAAAACUGAACAAAAAACUACAAUAAUACCUGGAACUACAGUAGAUGACAUAACAACUGAUGUUCAGUUAUCAACGUUGAUUGAUGUAAUUACUGUGCCAUCCACAAAGAGUAUAUCUACUGAAGGUGUCACUACAACUGAAAAGCAUGCAACAACAAUACGUGAAACAACAUUAGAUGACACAACAACUGAUGCUCAAUUAUCAACGUUGGUUGAUGUAAUAACUGUAGGGUUCACAGCUACAAAAGAUAUCUCCACAGCUAAGCAACAAACAACAAAAAUACAUGAAACAACAUUAGGUGACAUAACAAGUGAAGUUCAGUUAUCAACGUUGGAUGAAAUAACAACCGUAGGGGCUACAACUGGUAUGUCUACUAAAGGUAUCACUACAACUGAACAAGAAACUACAAUAAUACAUGAAACUACAGUAAAUGACAUAACAACUGAUGUUCAGUUAUCAACGUUGAUUGAUGUAAUUACUGUGCCAUCUACAAGGAGUAUAUCUACUGAAGGUAUCACUACAACUAAAAACCAUGCAACAACAACACGUGGAACAACAGCAGAUGACGCAACAACUGAUGCUCAGUUAUCAACGUUGGUUGACAUAAUUACUGUAAGGUCUACAACUACUGACGGUAUCUCCACAGCUAAACAACAAGCAACAACGUUACUUAAAACAACAUUAGAUGACAUAACAAGUGAUGUUCAGUUAUCAACGUUGGAUGAAGUAACAACUGUAGGGGCUACAACUGGUAUGUCUACUGAAGGUAUGACUACAACUGAACCAGAAACUACAAAAAUACCUAAAACUACAGUAAAUGGCAUAACAACUGAUGUUCAUUUAUCAACGUUGAUUGAUGUAAUUACUGUGCCAUCUACAAAGAGUAUAUCUACUGAAGGUGUCACUACAACUGAAAAGCAUGCAACAACAAUACGUGAAACAACAUUAGAUGACGCAACAACUGAUGCUCAACUAUCAACGUUGGUUGACAUAAUAACUGUAAGGUCUACAACUACUGACGGUAUCUCCACAGCUAAACAACAAGCAACAACGUUACUUAAAACAACAUUAGAUGACAUAACAAGUGAUGUUCAGUUAUCAACGUUGGAUGAAGUAACAACCGUAGGGGCUACAACUGGUAUGUCUACUGAAGGUAUCACUACAACUGAACAAGAAACUACAAUAAUACCUGAAACUACAGUAGAUGACAUAACAACUGAUGUUCAGUUAUCAACGUUGAUUGAUGUAAUUACUGUGCCAUCUACAAAGAGUAUAUCUACUGAAGGUGUCACUACAACUGAAAAGCAUGCAACAACAAUACGUGAAACAACAUUAGACGACGCAACAACUGAUGCUCAAUUAUCAACGUUGGUUGAUAUAAUAACUGUAGGGUUUACAGCUACAGGAGGUAUCUCCACAGCUGAACAACAAACAACAAAAAUACAUGAAACAACAUUAAGUGACAUAACAACUAAUGUUCAGUUAUCAACGUUGGAUGAAUUAACAACUGUAAGUUCUACAACUAGUAUGUCGACUGAAGGUAUUACUACAACUGAACAAAAAACUACAAUAAUACCUGAAACUACAGUAGAUGACAUAACAAGUGAUGUUCAGUUAUCAACGUUGGAUGAAGUAACAACUCUAGGGGCUACAACUAGUAUGUCGAAUGAAGGUAUCACUAAAACUGAACAAAAAACUACAAUAAUACCUGGAACUACAGUAGAUGACAUAACAACUGAUGUUCAGUUAUCAACGUUGAUUGAUGUAAUUACUGUGCCAUCUACAAAGAGUAUAUCUACUGAAGUUGUCACUACAACUGAAAAGCAUGCAACAACAAUACGUGAAACAACAUUAGACGACGCAACAACUGAUGCUCAAUUAUCAACGUUGGUUGAUAUAAUAACUGUAGGGUUCACAGCUACAGAAGGUAUCUCCACAGCUGAACAACAAACAACAAAAAUGCAUGAAACAACGUUAGGUGACAUAACAACUGAUGUUCAGUUAUCAACGUUGGAUGAAUUAACAACUGUAAGUUCUACAACUAGUAUGUCGACUGAAGGUAUUACUACAACUGAACAAAAAACUACAAUAAUACCUGGAACUACAGUAGAUGACAUAACAACUGAUGUUCAGUUAUCAACGUUCAUUGAUGUAAUUACUGUGCCAUCUACAAAGAGUAUAUCUACUGAAGGUAUCACUACAACUAAAAAGCAUGCAACAACAAUACGUGAAACAACAGUAGAUGACGCAACAACUGAUGCUCAAUUAUCAACGUUGGUUGAUAUAAUAACGGUAGGGUUUACAGCUACAGAAGGUAUCUCCACAUCUAAACAACAAGCAACAUUACUAAAAACAACAGUAGAUGACAUAACAAGUGAUGUUCAGUUAUCAACGUUGGAUGAAGUAACAAACGUAGGGGCUACAACUGGUAUGUCUACUGAAGGUAUCACUACAACUGAACAAGAAACUACAAUAAUACAUGAAACUACAGUAGAUGACAUAACAACUGAUCUUCAGUUAUCAACGUUGGAGGAAUUAACAACUCUAGGGGCUAUAACUAGUAUGUCGACUGAAGGUAUCACUAAAACUGAACAAAAAUCUACAAUAAUACCUGAAACUACAGUAGAUGACGUAACAACUGAUUUUCAGAUAUCAACGUUGAUUGAUGUACAAACUGUAAGAGCUACAACAGGUAUAUCUACUAUAGGUAUCGACACAACUGAACACCACACAACAACAAUACCUGGAACAACAUUAGAUAACGUAACAACUGGUGCCGAAUUAUCAACGUUGGUUGACAUAAUAACUGUUGGGUCUUCAACUAGUGAAGGUUUCUCCACAACUAAACACCAGAUGACGACUAUACGUAUAACAACUACAGAAGAUAUAACGACGUUUGUUGAGUUAGUAACGUUACUUGACGUAUCAACUAUUGGGACUACCAUCUGUAUUGAACACUCACACGCUCAGUGUAUGGAUAACCCUUGUAAUAGCGAACGUCAUGAAGAAUAUUGUAUAGAUUCAGGUUUCAGUUAUUAUUGUACUUGUGAAGUUGGAUACGUGAAUACAACUACAACCGGUGACUGCAAAGAAUCAAAAACAUUCAGGGUAGAGUCUACUAUCGUAAAUCUUGAUGGAAUGGAACAAGUGAAAUGGACUGACGACUUAGAAGACAACACAACAAAUAUCUAUAAAGAAUAUUCAUCAGCUUUAUCUAAAUCUGUUGACACUACGUUUUUAAGUAAUUCUGACUAUGUUGGUAACCACAUCCUGGGUUACAAGGAGGGAAGCGUAAUCAGCAUUUUUACAGUAUACUUUUUGCUUAAUUCAAGUGUAAAUGAAACUGAUGUUACCACCUAUCUUUUAAGCAAUACAGAUUUGCUUUUGAUCAGUGUUGUUGAGGUACACAUGAACGACUUUUGCAAGGAACUUAACUGCAUGAAUGGUGGAACAUGUAUUGACAACAUCCUGAAACCUUGCAAAUGUCCUGACAAUUAUAGAGGAAGUUAUUGUGAAAAAUAUGUAUUCACAAGUCCGUCGCCAACAGUUUUGGAAACAGGCAGUCCUAUUGCCGAUGUCGGAAUUGACGUCAUUGUCAUCUUGUACAUCGUUUUGGGUGUGCUUCUGGUUGUAAUUUUAACGGCGCUGAUUGUUUACUACUGUGUCAUUCGUAAACGAUUAAAACAAGAAUCUUCGAUGUCAUUAGAAGGGGUUUUCCGUCCGCUUAACAGUGACAGAUUUGCAAGUGGCAGUGAAACAUUAACUGUCUCUGAUGUCUCGAGCUCAUCGCAUUAUGAAAACUUGCAGCAUCAAAAGAAAGCAGUCCAAAGUUCCUUGAAUCCCAAUAUGGGCAUGCUUGAAAGCAUUACCAACGACAAUUCAAGCACAUUGGAAAUUCAACUUACUGAUUUUUCAAAAAUAACAGCUAAGAUGGGAAAUGUUGAGACGGAAAGAGAUUUUGUGGCUGCUGUUUCAAUGGUAGACAGCGAAUCUACUAGUAUUGCUUCUCAAUCCGAAUCAAUAGUACUUGCCAAUUUCACGUUGAAAGAUGACGACGACGAAAAUAAACCAAACUAUGCUCUGACACACACAUACUUUUGAUAAUUUUCAGAAGACGAAAUCUUAAUCCAGACAAUAGGCCUAAACCAAAAUUAAUUUCAGAAAUAAACCCACAUAGGCCUAAGUAAUAUUGGUAUUGGUGGGCAUUCAUAGAGCGCGUAAUAGAGAGUCUCUAUUGCGCUAUAGGCAGUGUACGUCUUUGAGGAAAAGUGCAAAAGAAAACAAAAGAAAAAAAAAACACAAAAAAGCAAAAUAAGAUAUUAUAAAGCAUUGACUAGGUGGGUCUGAAGUCUCUCUUUGAAGAUAGAAGGAGAUGGAGACUCAGAGACAUGAGCAGGUAGACAAUUCGUGGCCAGCAAUCAUGAAAGCCCGCACUCCACAAGACUCAGGCGGUCUGGAGUGAAGAGAGUAUUGUGACUGGUGGUGGAUCUAAGAGAACGAGAACAAGUGUAGUUGUAUAAGUUCUAAAAUGUACUUCGCAGAGUGAUUGUAUACAACUUUUUAUACAAACAAAAAGGUUUUAAAAGUUAUGUGAUGCUUGAAAGCGAGCAAUAAAGGGCACGGAGUGUGGGAGUAUUAUGCUGAGUGUGGGUGUCUCUGCAAGAAGACGAGAAGCUGCAGCCUCCUUACUAAUAAUUCAGUAGGAAGACUAUAAAGGAUUACACCAUUACAAUUAUAGACAAGUCUAGAUGUAAUAAGAGCAUGCAUUAGCUUUGAGGCAAGAUCUUUAUUAAAAAAUCGUCUUAUAUGUCCAUGUUGCGAAUAUUAAUAUGAUACAACCUUACAGGUUUUAAUAAUGUGCUGCUUCGUGGGCAUUCCAGGGUCCAUUGUCGCUCCAUCGAUACGAACCUCGGUCGAAGGAAUGUUAAUGGAAUCACCAGUACUUUGUACAAAAAGAAUAAUUAACAUUCCAAGUAUUUUUUUGAGAAAAACAUAUUUAUUUAAAGAAAUAGUUAUCAUUAUACCAAAGAGUAUAGAAUUGCUUAAUUGCUAGUAUCCAGACGCAAUUGACCGUCUAGGGUCGAUGUUACAUACCAGGGUAAAGGUUUUUCUUUUAUCUGCUGAAGUAAUAAUGAUAUAAAAUAGUUAACCAAAUGCAGAAAACUAGAUGUUUGAACUAACGAAUGAGCUUAAGAUGAGAAAUUACAGCGGACACUUGAAGACCGUCUGUCGAUGUACGCCGAUCAUAUGGUUUUGUUUUUAGAUGGCUCGAUGCAAUUUAUGUACAAAGUCAUUUAUAUUUUAGAUACAUUUCCAUUUUUUUGUAAUGAUAAGUUCGAUGACAUAAUAACGGUUUUGGGAGUAUAGAAUUGUGGAAAUAUAUAUGGUUACAGAACAAAAUUAAUUAUAAUUGAAAUUUUGA